AUGACAAAGACGUUUAAGGGUUCGGAAGUCGCAUCCCAUAAUACUCUCGAGUCAUGCUGGGUAUGCAUCAAUUCAACCAUCUACGAUGUAACGGAAUUCCUUCCCAACCAUCCCGGCGGAUCCAAGAUUGUUUUAAGUCUUGCUGGUAACAUAGACGCUACCGAGGAAUUCGAAAUGAUUCAUCCGCCUGGAACUUUAGAAGAGAAUCUCGAUGCCUCCAAAACAAUCGGCAAGAUUGACGCUUCAGAACUAAGAGAACCGGUUGAAGAGAAGAAAAAGAGUUCUCCUGUUGAAGAUGCGAGUCAAAAAAUCGAGGACGAAGAUGCGAUUGAUAUAAAUACCGAUGUAAAGACCCUAUUGAAUCUAGACGAGAUUGAACAGUUGGCCACGAAGAAAAUGUCGAGUAAAUGCUGGGCGUAUUAUUACUCGGCGGCUGAUGAUCUCUGGUCGAAAAGUUUCAAUAAUGCCGUGUAUCGACGGAUUCUCCUUCGACCACGAGUCUUUGUCGAUUGCACGAAAUGUGAUUCUUCAACCACGAUCUUGGGACAAGAAGUCGGGUUACCCAUUUUUGUAUCCCCGGCGGCAAUGGCUAGAUUGGCGCAUCCAGCUGGCGAACAAGGGAUUGGAAAGGGAAUUUCGAGCUUUGGAGCUGUGCAGAUUGUCUCCAAUAAUGCGAGUAUGACUCCGGAACAAAUUGUAGAGGGUUCACUUCCGGGACAGAUUUUUGGUUGGCAGUUGUAUGUGCAGAAUGAGAGGAAGAAGAGUGAGGCUAUGUUGCAGAGAAUUAAUGCAAUGAGUGAUAAGUAUAAGUUUAUCGUUUUGACGUUGGAUGCACCAGUGCCAGGCAAGAGAGAACAUGAUGAGAGACAGAAGGAUGUAGGAGCCAAUUUACCUGUUUCAUCAUCAGUAAAGGCAAAGGAGAAAUUGGAAGAUAACAGCCCCCCAGCUGGUAAAGGUGGAGUGGGAAAACAAUUGUUCAUGGGAACAGCUGCGGAUUUGACCUGGAAAAAUACAUUGCCGUGGUUGGCUCAACAUACUAAAUUACCAAUUGUGUUGAAGGGUAUUCAAACUCAUGAGGAUGCAUAUCUAGCAUCUCAAUAUGCACCACAAAUUAAAGGCAUUAUUCUUUCGAAUCAUGGUGGAAGAGCUUUAGAUACAGCGCCACCGGCUAUCCACACACUCAUGGAGAUUCAGAAGUACUGUCCGGAAGUUCUUAGUAGGAUAGAAGUCUGGGUCGAUGGAGGUAUCAAGCGAGGUACAGAUGUAGUGAAAGCUCUCUGUCUAGGAGCUAAAGCCGUUGGAGUCGGCAGAGCUGCAUUAUUUGGUCUCGGAGCUGGUGGUCCAGAGGGUGUAGAGAGAACUUUCGAAAUCCUCAAAUCCGAAAUGGAAACUUGUAUGAGACUUCUAGGUGUAGAGAAGAUCAGUGAAUUGGGUCCUAAACAUAUCAAUGCCAGAGCGGUCGAAAGAGAUUUAUAUGAUGGACAUCCCGGAUUGGAAAAAUUGGGAUUGUGGGUAAAGGCGAAUUUGUAA